AUGUUCCCCACCGUCGACGACCCCUCCGCCGCCGGCGCCAUGGUCUCCUCCUCCUUCCCUGACGCCGACGCGUACGGCAACGGCGACUCCGACGACCUCGACUUCCCCGUCGACCCAAAUCCCAACCCGGUCUUCUCCUCCUCCCCCGUCGCCCCCGCCGCGGCCCCCGCGACCGGGAGCGGGGCCGGGGGGCGGCGCCCGCUGUUCCAGCGCCUGUGGACGGACGAGGACGAGAUCGUCAUCCUGCGCGCCUUCGCCGAGUUCACGGCGCAGCGGGGCACCUCCUUCGCGUCGCACCAGCACGACACCACCCCCUUCUACGAGGACAUGCGCCGCCGCCUCAACACCGGCUUCACCAAGAACCAGCUCGUCGAGAAGAUCCGCCGCCUCAAGCGCAAGUACCGCAACUGCGUCGAGCGCCUCCGCGUCGCUGGCGCCGGCUUCACCUUCCGCUCCCCGCACGAGCAGGCCAUCUUCGAGAUCGCCCGCACCAUCUGGAGCCCCGCCUCCGACAAGCACGGCCGCGACUCCGACGACGAGGGAGGCGGCGGCGGCGGCAACGCCCACGCCCACGACGCCGCCUUCGCCAUGCCCCCCUUCGGGAUCGACGCCGCCGCCGCCAACGGGGAGUCCGCCAAGUCCCCGACCUCGAGGCCACGCCGUGGCCGCCGCCGCCGCACGGGCGACUUCCCCGCCGACGCGGUCGCAGAGACGCUCGCGCUGCCGCCGGCGCCCAUGCAGAUGCCGGUGAUGACCGAGGACGCGCUCCCCUCGUUCCCGCAGGUGACUGCGGCGGCGGUCAUGGACGGUGGCUGCGGCCUCAGCGUGGACCCGGCCUCUGGGCUGCCGGGCGCGCUGUCAGCGGCUGCGGCGGCAACGGCCGUAUCCGGCAGCAGCACCGCGGAGAACCCCAUCCUGGCGGCGAUGUUCAAGGAGAUGGUACGCGCGACGCUGAGCGUCGGCGGCGGCGGCGGCACUGCGCUUCUGGGGCUGGAGCCGCCGCCCCCUAUCGCAGGGGUGCCGAUGGAAGGGGAGAAGUGGCGGCAGCAGCGGAUCCGGGAGCUGGAGGUGUACCUGCGUCGGAUCGACCUGCUGCAGGACCAGGCGAGGGCGGCUCUGGAGGAACUCAGGUCCGCGCCGCACGCCGGGGGCAUGAACACUUGA